UUUUGCAGAGUAGCGGCCCCUUUCGGGUGAGCCCCUCUUUUGGGUCCCUUUUGGGCUUCCUUCGGGCUCUUUUACCGAGUGCUUUACGUGGCAUCGGGAUACCAUGAAGCCUUCUCUAUCUACCCUUGCACUUUCUGUGUUUUGGGGAAGAUUCAUUAUCACUCUCCCAGCUGGAGAGGGGUUCCCUUGCGCUCGCUGAGUGUAAGGGAGGGAAAAAAAGAAAAAAAGACUAUCUCUGAGAAGCGGCUUCGAAUACCUCUGUUAUACAGAGGCCUGGUCAGAGCCUCUGAGCAUCCCCCUCUCUCAGUCGGGCGACCAAGAAGGGCAAGGCGGGCGUCCUUGAGAAGGAAGGGACCUCCGGUGACCCUGGGAGGACGGCUAACAGACCACUCUGUCAGGUUGGUGAAUGGGACCAGUCUGUGCUCAGGCAGACUGGAGGUGAAGACUACCCAGUCUACCCAGAGGUGGUCCUCAGUGUGUGAAGCUGAUUUUGACCAGCAGGAUGCAGAGGUGGUGUGUAGGGAGCUUGGCUGUGGGGCUCCUUCAGUCCUCCAGGGGGCGCUCUAUGGAGAAGUGGAGGCUCCAAUGAGGACCAAAGAGUUCCAGUGUGGAGGCCAUGAGUCUGCUCUCAUGGACUGUAAAAGCUCAGGCUCAGAUAGAAACACCUGCUCAUCUGGAAAAGCUGUUGGACUCACCUGCACAGAACCAGUCAGGUUGGUUGGAGGACUCAGUCGCUGUACAGGAUCACUGGAGGUGAAACAUCAGGGAGACUGGAGACCAGUGAUUGUCUCUGGCUGGACCAUGAAGGUAGCAGCUGUUGCAUGCAGAGAGCUGGGCUGUCCUUCUCCUGUUUCUGUAGAACGGAGGAAAGAGUCCUCAGUCCGAUCUGUUUGGAUCUGUGUUCAGUCUGGAUCUACUCUGAGGGAGUGUGCAGAGUCAGAUUCCUAUUCCUCCAUCCUUUAUAUCAUCUGCUCAGAUCCGAGGCCUUUUAUCAUCAGAGCGGUUGUCCUGCUGCUGACUUUGCUGUUGGUGAACGCUGCUUUUUACUUCUACUAUAAGGCCAGCAGGGGGCAGCAGACGGACACACAGGAGGGCAUUGAGCUACAUGAUUAUAACCUGGGUGUUCCUGCAGUUGAAGGAGAGCCAACUGAAGAGGAAGGAGCUCAGGGAGCAGAGUAGCACCUCCAAAGAGCUCAUCUCACAUCCAGAUGGAUUUUAAUGUGCAAGUUCCCUUGAAAACAAGAAGACAGGAAUUACUAUAUUAUGUUAUAUACUAUAUAGCUCACAUCUCCA